AGCCACAGUCACAUCCCACGCCCGACCACAACCAGUCACCUUCCUGAGUAGCUGGCUCCCAGGCCAGGAGCUCCGGCCUCCCCACGCCCCGUCCGCGGCCCAGGAAUUCGGGGCCACCGGCCGGGAGCCGCUGCUUGCACCGGGACCCAGGUCACCUCAGCUCCACAGCGAAAACGAGGAUCGCAAAGCCAGCGGGAAAUGACCCAGAGGCUGACGUUCCUCGGCCGGCAGCCGCCUGAGAGAAACGAAAUCCAAGCCAGCCCAGCGCCGACCUGGAUAAAGCGCAGGGAAGCGGCGACCGAGGACCGCGCCGACCGCGCCGCCGCUCCUCACCGGCCGCCCCGGAGACUCUUGGGAACGCAGGCCCACUCGCUAGUGCGCAGGCGCAGACGACCGAGCCCGGCCGGGGGUGAACCUGGUGGGUUUUAGGGUCUCUGAGGAGGCCGAGAAGGAACUGGGCAGCCCCGGCCAGGGAGAGCUGAUUAAGAUAGCGGAACCGGAUGGGAAGGCCGGGGAAGAAAUCCCGAGACUGAGGCGGGCCUGGUGAUUCUGUGGAGGGAACCGGGACCGCGCGUGCAGCCGCUCACCGCUCAGACCCUUCCUGCUCAAGAAGAUCUCAGAAGAGAAGAGUCUCUCUUACCAGUCUCAAAGCCAUGUCUCAGGAUGAACUAGAGUAUGCCCUUACAGGGAUCGGUAUCAUUCAAGGAUGUGACUGUGGACUUCACCCAGGAGGAGUGGCAACAACUCGACCCUACUCAGAAGGCCCUCUACAGGGAUGUGAUGUUGGAAAACUAUUGUCAUUUCAUCUCUGUGGGGUUUUACAUGACUGAGCCUGAUAGGAUCAGCAAGUUGGGACAAGAAGAGCUGUGGACAGAGAAAAUUUUUCCAAGCCAGAGCCACCUAGAUGAAGAUGGGAAAGCUGAAGAUGUUUUAGUGAAAUUCAAAGAAUACCAAGACAAACUUUCUAGAUCGGUGAUAUUCAUCAACCAUAAAAAACUAGUUAAGGAGAGAAGUAAUAUUUGUGGGAAAACACUUACUGUAGGCAAGAACCAUAUUAUUUCAAAAACCCUUUGUGAAUAUAAACCUGAUAGAAAGGUUUUUAAAAAUACUUCAGAAUUAGUCAUUAGAAAUAUAAACCCCAUAAGAGAUAAAGUUGGUGAGAGUAAUGGAUGGGAGAAAUCACUCCUCAAUACUAAACAUGAGAAAAUUAAUCCUGAUCCUGCGGUGAAUCUCCACAAACAGACAGAAAGGGAUCUUAGGGGUAAACAAGCGCUUACUCAACAGAAGGUUCAAACCUCAGAGCCACAGCUCAAACAUAAUGAAUGUGAAAAAUCCUUCCUUGUGAAAGAAAUGUUAUUUACACAUACUAGAGUUCACAAAGGCGAAAGACCCUUUGAAUGCAAUAAAGAUGGCAUGGCCUUCCUAGAAAAGCCAAAUCUUGGCAUCCAUCCACAUCCUCUUACGGAAAAGAAGCCCUCCGCAUACAACAAAUACGGGAAACUCCUCUGCAGAAAAUCCGUUUUUAUUAUGCAUCAGAGAUCUCAGACAGAAGAUAAACCCUUUCAAUGUCCUUACUGUGGGAAUAGCUUUAGAAGGAAGUCGUACCUCAUUGAACACCAGCGAAUUCACACAGGGGAGAAACCUUAUGUUUGCAAUCAGUGCGGAAAGGCCUUCCGUCAGAAGACAGCCCUCACUCUUCAUGAAAAAACACACAUAGAGGGGAAACCCUACAUUUGUAUCGAUUGUGGGAAGUCCUUCCGACAGAAGGCAACCCUCACUAGACAUCACAAAACACACACAGGGGAGAAAGCCUAUGAAUGUACUCAGUGUGGAAGUGCCUUUAGAAAGAAGUCAUACCUCAUUGAUCAUCAGAGAACUCACACAGGGGAGAAACCGUAUCAGUGCAAUGAGUGUGGGAAGGCAUUUAUCCAGAAGACAACUCUCACUGUCCAUCAGAGAACUCACACAGGAGAGAAGCCCUAUAUUUGUAAUGUAUGUGGGAAAUCCUUCUGCCAAAAGACAACACUUACUCUCCAUCAGAGAAUUCACACGGGGGAAAAACCUUAUAUUUGUAAUGAAUGUGGGAAAUCCUUCCGCCAGAAGGCAAUUCUCACUGUUCAUCACAGAAUCCAUACAGGAGAGAAAUCCAAUGGAUGUCCACAGUGUGGGAAAGCCUUUAGUAGGAAAUCGAACCUCAUUCGCCAUCAGAAAACUCACACAGGAGAGAAACCAUAUGAAUGUAAAGAAUGUGGGAAGUUCUUCAGCUGUAAGUCAAACCUCAUUGUCCAUCAGAAAACACACAAAGUAGACACCUUGGGAAUUCAGUAAGUGAUGUGACUUUUUUUAUAAAAACGUUUUAAGUCAUAGCUAACACAUGUUGCUUGCAAGUGUAAUACUAUUCAACAGUUUAAGGUACUAAAUACUGCAGAACUCACCUACUGUUUGCUACCCAAUAAACACACACAGAUGAUGGUACCAGAUAAAUUAAAGGACAAAGCACAUUGAAAAAUAAAAGCCACCAACUUUUUAUUAGAUUCAACAAACUAAAAUCUCCAGGGUCAAAUUGCUAUAAACCUUUAAAGUUGCUUAUUUCCCAUUUUAAUACACACUUUCUGUGAAGCUGUAAUAAACAGUUGGCCAGCUGGCAGUUGUCCGUGGACUACACUGUGAAUAGAAGUGCUUUAAAAGGAUAUGUGAAGUGUAUUUCUUAUUGCAAAUAUGGAAAAAACUUAGUUGUUACCUCCUCAAAGUUAACCACAGUUCUGACAUUAAAAUUAGUUUUUGUACAUGAUAAAACUUUAUAUGAAUUGAUUAUAUAUCAUGUAUUCAUAUAUGACUUAUUUCAUUUAUCAUUAUGUGUAAUCAUAAGUGUGUGUGGUAAAGGUUCAUUUAUUUUUAUUCUGUAUAGAAUUAUAUGAGUGUGUCACGAUUUAUACAUUCUACUUGUGAUGAACUUUUACAUUGUUUACAGUUGAGGGUCAUGAUAAAUACUGCUUCUGAGAGCAUAUUUGUCUUUUGGUGUACAUGUAUGUUCUUCUCUUGUGUUUAUAGUUAAGGAGUGGAAUUGCUGGGUCUAAAGGCAGAUUAUGGUCAUCAGCUUUGGUUUAUGCUGGCAAACAACUCAGAGCUUUCACCAGCAUGAGAUAAUUUACUUUGAAGGGGAACAACUAUGAAUAUUAUCAAUAUUGUGAUGGUUCAAACCAGAGAAUUAAUGCUGUAUGGAAGCUCUGUCAAUGUUAUUGUGAAAACUGGAGUUAUGAAGAUAAUGCAUAUAGAAAGCGCUUCUAGCUACAGCCCAAAUCUUAGUAUAUAAUCACACAAAUAUAGUAAAUAUCAGGUUGUCUUUUGCCACAGUUAAUGCCUUACUUGAAAUCAGAAAGUUGUACAGAGACAGACAUUUGGCCUAGUGGUAAAGAAACCCAUGUCCCAUAUUGGUGUAUUUGGAUUCAGUCCCCAGCUCAGCACCUGACUCCCAAAUUCCUGCUAAUGCAGACUCUGGGGGGCAGAAUGCUGGCUCAAGUAGCUGGGCUCCUGCCACUCAUGUGGGAAUCCUGGGUGGAGCUCCCAUCUCUGUAGUCUGAGCCAGUCACAGCUAUUGCAGGCCUUUGAGGAAUAGACCUCUAGAUUUCUCUCUUCUCUCCCCCCUUAAGUAACUUAAUGAAACUUUUU